AUGGCAGACACCAAAGCCGCAGCCCCAACGACGGAACAGAGCGUCCCGGCUCGCCUCCCCAGAGUCACAAUUGAGUUCUGCACCCAGUGCAAAUGGCUCCUCCGCGCUGCAUAUCGCCGGCCGUUUCAGUACGCCCAGGAGCUCCUCUCGACCUUCUCCCUUGCCCUCGGCGAGGUCGCGCUGCAGCCCUCCACGGGCGGGACGUUCAUCGUCGCCAUCCACCACGGCGGCGAGGCGGGCGAGAGGAAGGUCCUGUGGGACCGGCGGGCCGACGGCGGGUUCCCCGAGACCAAGGAGCUGAAGCGGCGGAUCAGGGACGUGGUCGAGCCUGGGCGGGACCUGGGCCACGUUGACCGGCACGGGGGUUCGAAGGCGGCGGCGACGACAAAGAGCCCCGAGGAGGAGGAGGGGAAGGGAACCAAGGGGAAAGGUGACGAGGGUGCUGGGGAGGGGAAGGCAUGCGAGGAUUGUCAAUGA